AUGACGAAGGUUCACUAUUCCCGGGCUCCGGAAAACACCACCAAGUCUUGCAAGGCUCGCGGAUCCGAUCUCCGUGUUCACUUCAAGAACACUCACGAGGCUGCCAUGGCUCUUCGCGGUAUGCCACUCAGACGUGCUCAAGCCUUCCUCAACCACGUCAAGGAACACAAGGAAAUCGUUCCAUUCAGACGUUUCCACGGUGGAAUCGGACGUGCCGCUCAAACCAAGCAAUGGAACACCACCCAAGGAAGAUGGCCAGUCAAGUCUGCUGACUUCCUCCUCGAUCUCUUGAAGAACGCCGAAAGCAACGCCGAGUACAAGGGACUCGAUGUUGACCACCUCGUCAUCGAGCACAUCAACGUUCAACGCGCCGCCAAGCUCCGCAGAAGAACUUACCGUGCUCACGGAAGAAUCAACCCGUACAUGUCUUCGCCAUGCCACAUCGAAGUCAUCUUGGCCGAGAAGGAAGAUGUCGUCUCCAAGCCAACCGAUGAUGCACCAACAAAGGUCAAGAAAGAGUCCAAGAGAAAGCAACGCCGUCAGUUGGCCCGUGGAGAAUUCUAA